AUGGUGUACGCGAUUGGGACGCUCGAUGGUUACGCGUUUCUGGUGCAGCGGGGCGACACGGGCGUGUUUGAUAUGCACCGCCUGGUGCACUUGGCGACGAGAAUCUGGAUUGGGAGGGAGGGGCGGACAUCCCAGGCGGAGCGGGAAGCCACAGGGCACGUGUCGACGAUCUUCCCGUCGCCGGACUAUCAGAAUCAGCACCAAUGGCGAGAGUACAUGCCACAUGCUCUUCGGCUUCUUCAGGGAGACAACACGGUCGAGCUAGCGAAGAGAUACAAUCUUUGCAACAAGGUCGGGUUAUGUUUUCGGGUCGAUGGUCAGAUCAAGGACGCUGUGAGGUACUUAGAAGAGUCCUGUCAUUGGCGACGAGACCGUCUUCCUCCCGAUGAUGCAUCCCGCCUAGAAUCGCAGUAUACACUGGCCGUGAUAUACUUAGAGAAUGGACAAAUUGAGGAGGCAAUAACACUACUAAAAGAGGUGAUUAAGAUCCAGAAGCAAACACUCAAAGUGGAUCAUCUAGAUCGACUGGCAUCGCAACAUAAUCUGGCCGGGGCAUAUCAAGCGAAUGGACAAUUUGAGGAGGCAGUAACACUACUGAAAGAGGUGAUUAAGAUCAAGGAGCAGACACUCAAGGUAAAUCAUCCAAGUCGACUGAUGUCGCAAGAACAACUGGCUACAGUGUACUGGGAUCUUGGACAGCGUGAAGCAGCGCUUCAGCUGAUGGAGCACGUUGUGGAGGUACGGAAGGAGGUCCUAGCAGAAGAUCAUCCCUAUCGAAAGAAUUCUGAGGAAUGGCUUGAGUAUUUUCGAAAUGAACUAGCUAACAGCUGA